AUGUCGGUGGCUCGGCUGGGGUCGGACGGCGUCCCGGACUGUCGGGCCUGGGGCGAGCGAGACGGGGAGCCAGGCGAGCGUCCGGGGGAGGCGGCCGCGGAGACGCGAGACCUCCAGUCCGGCCCACCUGCCGGCCAGCCAGCCAGCGAGGCAAAAGGCUUGGGCCGGCCCGACGGAGCCCGCCAGGGCCCCCGCCGGGGCCACGCGCAGCCGCCCGCCGGCCCCGCCGAGCCAACCUGCCGGACCGCCCGCCGCCGCGCCGUCAAAACGCUCUGCGUUGGCCGGGAAUCGAACCCGGGUCAACUGCUUGAAGGCAGCUAUGCUCACCACUAUACCACCAACGCUGCACAGCCCGGGCCGCCCCGGACGCCGGCCCAGGCUCCGCACCAGCGCCUCCUCGCCCUCUCGCCACCGCCUCCGCCGCCUUGCCGCAGCCCUGCCCCGACGUGCCGGCGUCGCAGCUCUGCGCCGUCGCGGGCGCACCAGCGGCCGCCCGGCGCCCACCCCAGCCGCCACCCCCACGCAGCCCUGGCUGCUCCGCAGGCACGACCGCCCGCCGCCUCCAGCCGCCCGCCUCUGGGGGGCGCUCUCGCCGCCCUGCGGCUCCCGGGCCCUCGGCUGCCCCCCGGCAGCCGGGCAGCUGUCCGUCGCGUGAGCGAGGAGCCCGUGGCGGCCAGCCUCCCGUCAGGAGGUCCCGGCUGGGCUGGGCCGAGCCCGAACGCGCCAGGGCGCCAGGGCGCCAGGGCCGACGAGGAAGGGCAGGGGGUGCGGGGGGUCGGGUCGACGGCGGGCAGGACGGGCCCCCGCGGUCGCCCCGCGCCUCUGGCCGCACGGGGCCGGGCGGAGGCACGAGGGAGGAGAAGCAGGACAAGGAGGAGAAGAGGAGAAGGAGGGCCCUGGGGGCCGGCGUACGUUUGGGCAGAGCGGCGGCGGCGCCCGCGACCAAAAGGAGGCGUGUCUCGCCUCCCCGUCGGGGAAUCGAACCCCGGUCUCCCGCGUGACAGGCGGGGUACUCACCACUAUACUAACGAGGACGGCGGCGGCGGCCGCCCGGGCGCCCGACCCCCUCUCCGCCCGCCCGCCCGCCCCGCCGGCCUGCCUGCCUGCCCACGCCACCCGGGCCCUCGACGUCCCGCGCGCCCGUCCUGCCAGGGCCCCGCCACGUGCCCCGGGCCACGGCCCACCCGGCCCGACCCCCCGGCCGCCGCGUCAGCGCGCACAGCAGUCCCCCGGCCCGACUCGGAGCGUCGCGCCCCCGGACCCGCCGCCAGCCCCCGCCCCCGCCCAGCCGCGCGGGGAUGGCGGGCGGGAGAAGACGCCCGACACGGCAAGCAGGGCAUGGCGCGAGCGAGCCGGAGCCCCGCGCGGGAUGGGCGCUGCGGGCGGCGGGGGGCGGCGGGGGGCGGGGCGGGGGGCCCGGACGCCCGCAGAGGGUGCGCGCCCCGGGAAGGGGGAGGGGGCGGCGGCGAGGACCGCGGCGAGGUGCUGGCGGCGCCAGCAGAGUCAGUCGGCGGGCCGUUGGCCUCGUCGACCGGACCCCCGCCCUACCACCUCCCCCCGCCCGCCCGCUGGGAGCGCGGUGGUCCCCACGGCCUGUCCUUUCCGCCGGCCCCCAUUCAUUCAGUGGUCUCCACCCCCCUCCGUCCCCGGGGCGCCCACGAGGCGUGGCCACCCGGAGGCCUCACCACAGGCCACACGCCCGCCAGGCGGGCAGCCGAGCCCUCCGCGCGCCAGCCAGAGACGGGACCCCCGCCCCGUUCGCUGGGCCUGGCCCGGGGGGGCGGGGUGGGGUCCACCCCGCCGUUGGUGGCUCCGGGGAGCCCUGAGCGCAAGGCAGCCUGCCUCCCCGGGCCCCCUCCGCGCCGGAAGCCGCUGCGGGCCGGGGCUCCAGGACGCCAGCGCGCUCCAUCACCGCGCCGCCCGCCAGCCAGCCAGCCGGCGGCCGCUCCGCCCAAGCGCACCUGCCGGCCUCACCCCCAACCGCAGCCCAGCUCGGCCCCCGACGGAGAGCUGCGGGCAGAGCUCACACGCCCUUUCUUUGGCCUCUUGGCUUGGGCGCUACUCGGCGGCCCCCCCAUCUCCGACGACGACACCGACGCCGACACGCACCAACUACGCGCACCCACCUCCCCCCCCCCCCACCCCGCGGCACCCCGGGAGCGCACACAAUCCGAGCUCCGGGCCCCAGCCGGCCCCCGCCGGCGCGCACUGCACGGGCCGGAGAGCCAUCCGCCAAUGGGCCUUCGGGUGGCGGCCGGGAGGGAAGGGAAGGUCCGCGCUGUGAGCUGCGCCGGCCACAGACGCCCUGCGCUGCCUGGGAAUCGGGCGCGGGUCAGGCUUGGCCAGGCUGCUUCCUCCCGGCAAGGGACAGGUGUCUGGCGGCGGCCACGCCCCAGGGAGAGGGCGCAGGGUGAGCCGAGUCCGCCUCGGGCCUCGCUGGGACCGUGGGCGCCGCGCGCCGGCCCGAGCCCGAGCCCGAGCCCGAGCCCGAGCCCUCGGCGCAUCUGCACGGUCGCGGAGCCUGUCUUGCAGACCGCGGGCCCGCCCGCCCGCCCCCGCGCAGCGGGUGCUCACCACUGGCCGUGCCGGGACGACGACGAGCGCCGCUGGGGAAGCCGUCUGGUGGCCGCCGCCACCGCCCUGGCCGCCACGCUCCACCCGGCUGCCCGCCCCCUGCCGCCCGACGUGGCCCAGCCCCGGGAUGCUCUCUAUGGCCACCUGGCCGCGGUCUCCUUCAAACACGGGCCACUCCCCACUGCUAAAGUCACCGCGAGCACCAGGUCCAUGCAGCCUAGCCAGCACCGGCGCCAGCACACCCAGCCUCGAGGGACAGCGCCACCGCCACGGCUGUCACCAGCACGUCGGGUCCACGAACGGCGGCGCACCAGCAUGGGCAUCACGGCCAAGGGCACGGAGGACCACCAUCCCACACCAGCACCAGCACCAGCACCAGCACCAGGACUACCACCACCAUGCCAGAAGCAGUUGUACCAGCAGCAGCAGCAGCAGCAGCAGCAGCAGCAGCGGGACGUGCCCACCGCCAGCAGGCCAGCGUAG